AUGAUUCUCAAGCUGAAGUGGUGGUCGAAAGUUGAUUUUUCUGAUUCGAAUUUCUACGGGGCAUUUUUCCACAUGUUAUCUGUGGCUAUGGCUAUUUGUUCCCUUCUAUCCAGUGAUUGGAUACUGAUCGAGGAAUCGACUGUGAAUUCCACUACCAGCACCGGUAGCUCUGAGUUCUUCUUUGAUGUUUCCCGAUCAGAUCACUGCACGAAUAUUGAAAAUCGCGGCAGCAAGUUUUUCGGGCAACCAACGGACGUACACCGUAAUACCUGUUUCUUUGCUUCCAAAGUUUCUACUGUCGAUUGGAUUAGAACCACCUCGCUAUUGUGUUCGCGUUGCCGAGAUUUUUGGCGUCCGGCGAGGUUUGGAGGGUUCCUAGAUGACAAGGGAAAAACACAUAUUGCAUUUCAUUCCAGUGAGCGAGUGCUCCUUGAUUGCGUGACUCCAAUGGUGGCUAAUCUAUUUUAUAUUCUGAUUGCCCUCUGCUUUGUAAUUGCACUGACGUCGUCUUUAUCAUCUAUAAUGAAUCUUCUCCCACCGCCCAACGGAUUUUUACUGUGGCUGAAACGCAACACUAUCUUUGAGAUGUCUAAUAUGCUUCUCACACUCUCCGUUUGCGUGGUAGCACUCAUUGCACAGUGUGAAAUAGCUCGCGUACGACACGACUGUGAUGUUUCAUUAGGAGGCGGAGUGUUUAUGGUAUGUCUAGCCGGUGUGAUGUGUUUCUUCGCUGCUACUUCGACGUUGCGACACUCCACGAAGAUGAGUCGACUGCGACGUAUAGACAAUCAACGUCUUCUCUGCGCCAGAUCCUUAAGGUCAUGGCGAGAUUCAGCUCGGCGUUCUGAUGAUGUACUUCCUAUUGUUGAUUUUGAGAGGUACCUUGAUUCGUCCUCCUCGCUGCCGGGGCUUGGUAUUAUACAUUCGAACUCUGUGCAGCCAUAA